AUGACCACAAAGCUGAAUGGAAGACAGCUUUUCACGUUACUCGACUUCGCAGAAGCAUAUCUGCAGGUGGAAGUUGGAGAAGAAUCGAAGGAAAUGCUGAAGAUUAAUACACACAGAGGACUGUAUCACUACAAUCGUCUACCCUUCUGCGUGAAGUCAGCACCUGGAGUAUCCCAGCAGAUUAUGGGUUCAGUGAUCUGUGGACAGGGGGAAGGAAGCGUUGCUGCCUAUCUGGAUGGCUUGAUAGUCACAGGUCACACAUAA